UUUCAAGCAAUGGUUGAAGGUCCAUACGCGGAAGGCUCAACCGACCAUCGUGGGAUCUAUCGAUUUGCUACUCACGGAUGGAAUCAGGAAGCUCUUGUUAGCGUUCUUGAUAUUAUACAUGGACAUCACCGGAGCGUACCAAAAUCACUUGAUCUAGAGAUGCUCGCAAAAGUGGCUGUCAUCGUCUACUAUUAUAAGUGCCACGAAAUUAUCGAGGUUUUUGCUGAAAGAUGGUUAAAAGCACUUCAUAAUAGUCGUACAGACCAUUACGGCAAGGCCUCCAUGCUGUGGCUACUAAUAUCAUGGGUAUUUUCGUGUCCUGAAAUAUUCGAAAGCAUGGCCGGGCUCGCAUUGAAAUAUAGCACUAGGCUCAUCUCAGCAGAGAGUGUACCUAUUCCGGGAGAAAUUCUGGAUCGGAUCGAUCAAGAGCGUCAGGGUGCUCUAAGAAAAAUAUUUACAAGACUAUACGGCCUACUCGAUACUCUGCAACAUAACGCCGACUGCUCUUACGAGUGUUCAUGCAUGUUACUGGGAAAUUUAACGAAGGAAUUGGGGGAAAAUUGCAUCCUCAAACCGCCGAUCGAACCACCUUUUGAAGGCCAUAGUAUUGUAUCGGUCAAGAAGAUGAUCAGUGACUUUUCUUCCGUUAAUUGGUGCUCAAGGCCAAUCUCUGGAAUAUCUUAUGACAGAUAUCAUUGUUCUCACUCCUGUAGCAUUGUGGAGAAGAUGAGGCCGACCUUGGAAAGGAUGGAAAAGGAAUUGCCUUGCCUUCGGUUGGAAGAUUUC